GGUGCGCAGUUGCUAAGAAACCUAGAGCUGGUAGUAGUUUAGUUCGAAGCGGACACCUGCUAAAAUCUAGAUGAUUUUUGUCGAAUUUUGUUGCAUAUUGCAUUGAAAGUGGUACAUUGACGACUAAUUGGCGCGCAGAAUCCUCCGGGCGGACGGAACAACGGUGCGAAGUGGAUCGGUUCCGAGUAAUUUUCAAACCCGGUCACUUCCGGAAGUUUGGCGACUGUUUGCGCGUGUGGGAUUCAAAGAAGACGAGAACGACGACGUUGUCGGGAGUGCGUUGAACACUCAGGCAUCGCUGGGUCGGUCUUCGCAGUGGUUCAGUGACAGUGCCUACAGCUUAUGUGUUGUAUGUUGUGUUUUCAAAGCUGCGGAAGGAGCAGUGUGUGAGAGCGAGAGAGGUUACCGCCCCACAAUAGGCUAGUCAGCUUUGGCCUGACACUUGCAGGACACAAAGAGUUUAAGACCCACACGAAGGUUCGGCCGUCCUCAUCGCGCACCGUCGUCGUCGUUGCUGUCGUUGGGUAGCAGGGAACAGUAAUAAUAACAAUAAUAAGCCAGCGCCAAUCGAAGGCAGGCAAAUUAACAUGCAAGCACGGGAACUAAUAGUGAUCCCUUCGGCACCGAACAGCAGCUGGCGCAACUAGAAGCAAUAGCUACGCAGAUGAUGAAUGAAUACUUACGAAAACAACAAUAAUUGCCAAUGAGUGUGGCAACAUCGCGACGCCGGGCGGUACUGAAACGGGGCGAAACUUCCUCCCCACAGACUACAUGACCCGAAAGAUAUGUCCGGGCAGCCAUCGACUACUGCAAUGUAGGAACUGUGUUGUUAAAAAGUGAUUGUGUAUAGAGUUUUUUUUUUUCAUAGAACAGCAUAUUUUUAUUUGUUUUCUUGUAAUCAGUGUGAUAAAGUGUGAAAUAAUACUGAACAUACAUAAUUGAGAUUAUUGUGAUUUCCUUUUAAAUUUCGGUGAGAAGUCCGCAAAAAAAUCCAUCCAGCUCAAGUGCCAUAACAGAGUUAAGUGCAUUCGCCAUAGUAGUAGCAUAUGUUCAAUGAUUGAGUGUACGCGCAAGCAAAGUAACCCUCAAAGUGAAAGAGAAACGUAAAAGCCAUCCUAAAGCUACUCGCUGAAGUAUUUUUUUAAUGUGUUGUGUUGAAGCAAGAUGAAAACAUUGAUAACAAUUUAGCAGGCGUGUGAAAUGAAUGUCCGCUCCGGCUGAUGACAGUUUUAUAAACACUUAAGUGAACAAGUAUCUCGAAAGGCAACCCGGCGGCGGCAGUAGCAGAAGCAGUAAGAAGAUUGAACUAUGUAAAACGGAGACGUGCAAUCAAUAGUCUUAGCAAAGGAAUCCGUCCAGUAAUCAGAGAUUAAGAGAAUAGAGAAUGUGAUAUCAACCACCCUUCUAUCGAAAAUUUAAAAACAUCAAAUACUCACCAGCGCUUCCAGAGCACAGUAUUAACACUAGUAGAUAUAUAAGUGCAAUUUCUCACAGAGACCAAUAGGAGAAAGUCCGAGCAAAAAAUGUCUUCCUCACCCGACAUGCAGCACCAGCAUGCGCAAAGCGAGAUCAGAUCGAAUCCACCCACGCCCCCGCCGGAGCUGGCGACAAUGACUAAUGUUAGUGUACUAGAUCUGCACAAAGACUACGCGGGGGAUGUGGGUCAGACAAAGGUCUACGACAAGGAAACCAACACAGUAUAUUUGUACGCAAAUCCGGGCCAUAAGAUCAACACUUCGGUGGCUCCGAUUCAAUCACCGCAACAUCUGAGCACGAUCGUACAGGCAGGACAUCCGCAUCAGUUGUCCUCGCCCGAUCAUAAAGUAGAGCAAAAUUUGCUACAUUCGAGAUUAAUCCAAGAACAGCAACAUCAACAGCAACAGCAACAUCAUCAUCACCAUCAUCACCAUCAGCCUCACGAAGAGGAUCAGCACGUACAGCGACUCUCGCCAGGGGAUCAAGUAAUUGACGGAAGAUUAAUACCGGCUGGUUUGAACGGAGAUUUACAGCAACAACAACAACAACAACAACAUCAUCACCAUCAACAGCAACAACAGCAGCAGCAACAGCAACAGCAUCAGUCAUUGGCCCGUCUCUCACCGGAUGAUCAAUCAGUGCGUAUGCUGGACAACGCACACAUUCAACGUCUCCUGGGCAACCAGCAGAUCAUUAGUCGAGAGAUCAUCAACGGCGAACAUCACAUCAUCACGCGCAAUGAGAAUGGUGAAACGAUUCUGACCCGGAUCGUGAAUGCUCCGGCCACCACGGCAACCCCCGAUCAAUUAAUCAACAAACUUUCAACCGACCCCAACGGCAUCUACGGAGGACAUCAUCAUGCCACAGCCGGAGGCUCUUCGACCCCAUCUGCCGACCAGCUGCCAACAACUAUCCUUCAGUACGAGAAAGAAACCGAGGACAAACAGCAACACCAACAGCAGCAGCAGCAAAUCUAUGCCAACCCAGCAAAUGACUCCUCCCCGGAUCAGGCAGUGGCCAUCAAUCAGCCCAAACAGAUCGUCUACACGGUGGGCGGUGAACCUAAAAAUGUCAUCUACGGCGAUCCGAAAGCCGCCAUACCCCAUUUCGAACCAUUGAAUCAGGAUCCGACCGGGCAGCAGGAUCCCAAGGCACAGAUUGAUUACGUGUACAAUGAUGGCAACAAAACGGUCAUCUACACCGACCAAAAGGGCCUGGAGAGUUUGUAUGCCAACAACGAGCUGGGCCUGAUGGACGGAACGCAGAUUGUGGUCCAAGGAAAUCUUCAGUACACGCAACAGCAGGGACCGGACGGAACCACGGUGUACGUGGUCGCUUCCGAUAUGAACCCAGACGACAUCAGUGCGCAGAUUCAACAAAGCAACCCCACCGCAAAAAUUAACGGCCAAACCACGCCUCUGGAUGUAUCAGGCCUAUCGCAAAAUGAUAUACAAGGCAUACUGCUUGGUUCACACCCAUCAUCGCAGACGAUAAAUGUCAAACGUGAGCCCGAAGAUCUACGCAAGGAGCCGAAAAAUUCACGAAGUCAAAAGGUGUUGGUUGUUCAGCCCACGUCGCCCUCGAUACAGAUUAAAGAACCUCCACCCAGCCCUGGAAGUCCCUCGGCUGAAACCAUGUAUGCUGCCCCCGGCAGCACGCAGAUCUACCUACAGGGUCCAUCGCAUCAGUCUAGUUCGGCCGCUACAGCCGGUUCUAAUGUGAACACAAAUUCACCCAGUCCCAGCUCCUAUGACCAAUACGGAAUGUACCAGCAGAGAUUAGGACCAAGCGGAGCGGCGUUUAUCGCCGAGCAGUACCCAUAUCGCGAGUACUUUGAUCCGCAGGGCUAUGCCCCGGCCCGUACAAUUUACGGUACGGCGGAUUCAGACGGACCACAGCCAGCAACCACGUAUGAGGGUCGCUACUCGUCCAAGACAGGUUCGAUCUACACCAAAACCAUCACCUCCGCCGGCCUAACCGUGGAUCUUCCCAGUCCUGAUUCGGGUAUUGGUGCUGAUGCUAUUACUCCCAGAGAUCAGAAUAAUGUACAACCGUCCUUCGAUUAUACAGAACUAUGCCAGGCACCGACCGGUUUGCUGGAUCCAAACUCCAGCGCCAUACCGGCAUCGGUCGCUAGCCUGCAGCGAAACCUGACGGUCAACGGUGGCCAGAACAGUCCAACGACCUCGAUUGGCAGUGCGGCAGCUCCGCCCAGGUCCCGACCGUGGCACGAUUUUGGACGGCAAAAUGACGCCGAUAAAGUGCAAAUACCAAAAAUAUUCUCCAACGUUGGUUUCAAAUACUAUCUGGAAAGCCCCAUCAGCUCGUCCCAGCGACGGGAGGAUGAUCGGAUAACUUACAUCAACAAGGGACAGUUCUACGGCAUCACACUGGAGUACAUCCACGAUCCGGAUAAGCCGCUCAAGAGUCAGACUGUAAAGAGCGUUAUCAUGCUAAUGUUCCGCGAGGAGAAGAGUCCCGAGGAUGAAAUCAAAGCCUGGCAGUUCUGGCACAGUAGGCAACACUCCGUCAAACAGCGGAUAUUGGAUGCAGAUACGAAAAACUCCGUCGGUCUAGUCGGUUGCAUCGAGGAAGUGUCACACAAUGCCAUCGCAGUUUAUUGGAAUCCACUGGAAAGUUCCGCUAAGAUAAACGUCGCAGUUCAAUGCUUAAGUACAGAUUUCAGCAGUCAAAAGGGUGUUAAGGGCCUGCCGCUUCACCUGCAAAUCGACACAUUCGAGGAUCCACGGGAUACCAGCGUGUGCCAUAGGGGUUACUGUCAAAUCAAAGUAUUUUGUGAUAAGGGUGCUGAACGCAAAACGCGCGAUGAGGAACGGCGAGCCGCGAAACGCAAAAUGACAGCAACUGGCCGGAAAAAACUGGACGAGCUGUACCAUCCCGUCGUUGAUCGAUCUGAGUUCUACACGAUGAGUGACCUGAUGAAACCACCGGUAUUGUUUACACCUUCGGAAGACAUCGAUAAGGUAGGACGUGAAGGUAUGAAUGGUUGGCGUUCUGAUAAUACCAAUGUACCAUUUCUACAGCUUACGUCAAUGGACUUGCCAUUCUACGGGCACGAUGCCGAUUCCCUUUCCGGGGCUUCCGACAACGUCAAGUCACCAUUUCUACUGCACGCAAACAAACCCGCAACGCCAACACUCAAAUUUCACAAUCACUUCCCGCCAGAUGUUAACACGGACAAGAAGGAUCCUAGCAUCAUCAUGGAUGGAUCAAUGGUAGGAAACAUGUCCGACUUUGGGUCGCAGAUCAAACGACAGCGAAUGACUCCGCCACUGAGCGAGCGGGUUAUGCUGUACGUUCGACAGGACAACGAAGAUGUUUACACACCUCUGCAUGUAGUCCCGCCUUCGACGGUCGGACUUUUGAACGCUAUUGAAAAUAAAUUCAAAAUUUCGACGUCGAGAAUAAAUAGCAUUUAUCGCAAAAAUAAGAAAGGAAUUACGGCGAGAAUUGAUGACGACAUGAUCAGACAUUACUGCAACGAAGAUAUCUUCAUCCUGGAGGUCCGACAGUUCGAGGAGGAUCUGUAUGAUAUCACGCUGACGGAACUGCCGACGCACUGAUCGUCGGGGAACCUUAUUUCUUUAUAGCAUAAGAUAAGCGCUUUCUUUCAAGUUUUCUAUAGCAGAAUAAGGUCAACAUAUUUACUAGACAGUGCCUUACGAGAGACAUUCUAACGUUUAAAUGUAUAAAUUGUUGAUAUAGCAAGUACUACUCACGAGUGAGUAACAGAUGAAUAGCAUAAAUGUUUAAGAUAUUACAAGUUUUAUAGUGAAUAUGUCUUUUAAUUGUUUAGAUUUAUUUAUUUAUUCGUCACAGAACAGAAUCAGAGCAGUAGAUAUGAAGAUUUUUAUGACACAAGCUGAAACAUGCUCCUCAUGGCAUGAGAUUCAAUGGACAAGAAGAAGAGGAGGAACAUUCGAUUUUACAUCAAUCAAACGCAUUUAUAUUGACCCCUAGAUUAUUUGCCUCAACGAACAAAAUAAGCUGAAAAUACACUUCAAGAUCUCAAAGCAUUCGUACUUAUAAUCGGGGCAAAUCCGCAAUCAGGAAGAAUUCCAUUAUGAUGCAGAUAAUUGUCCAGACCAAUCGUUUUGCUCAACUAUCGGGGACGAUUGUGAACAGGAAUUGAUGUGUCUACUGAUAGUCUUACAAUCCCAUCCCCCUGUAGACAAGGCGCCAUUUUGAAUCCAAAUCAAGUGAAUGAUAAGAAAGGUUCGAGGGCACAUCGUUCCCAUGAGAAUAGAUUUCAAGCCAUAUGUUUUAAUUUAGAUAAUAGCAAUUUAUCUUGCUUUCACACACAAAAUAAGUACUUAUCUUUUUGAUUCUAAAUCACUUUUCGUCGAAUAAACGUACUUUGCUGGAGGAAAAGGCGCAACAAAAUGAAACUUUUUGUACAACAAAACAGUUUUAGAUAGCUAUUAGCGAUCAUCCAUCGGUUGCAAUAUUAACAGUAACUUUGAAUCGUAACAAUAAUGUAAGAGAAUAGAUUGAUUAACUGUUAGAACCAUAAGUUGAACACUCACUUUACAUUCCAUGACAGAAAAUUUCAUUUCCAUUUCUAACGAGUACUACUUUUUCAAUCAUUCACAACGCUGAAACGUACUUUCAUUCUUCAUGUAUUCUAAGGAAAGAAUUUCACUUAGAGUAGGUAUACUAUUUUAUAAGGAAAUCCCCCUUUGAUAAAACUGCCAUAAUUGAGAAUACAAAUAGUUUUUAAGCAACAAACACGUUUAAUUACUAAAACAUCUAGCAACAAAAGAGACACUACAUCAUUAAUUGUUAAGUACCUGAGAGAUUUAAAGCAAAAAGUAACAGCAAGGAAAAAUAAGUAUUGUUGAUGCUAAUCCACAAAUAAGCUGUUCAAAAAGCAGUAUAGAACGGCGUCAAAUAAGCGGAAAGUUAAUGUGAUAUAGAAAACAAACAAAUGCUGCACGAUUGUUGUUGUUUUGACCGGUCUUCACUAGCGGACACCUCAAUGCAGUAGACUUGCCACGAUCGUAAAACUAUUUCUUAAGAAAAGUCAACAAGCCUGAUCGUACGUCUAUCGAUGCCGAUUGCCAUACCCACAAACAUCGAUCCUCCACUCCUUUUUUUUUAAAUGACCGCAAGAGAAGCCACUUUGCGUGACUAACUUUUUAUAGAAAUUUUAAUAGAAAAAAUAGAGCAACACGUCGAGUAACUUGUGCAAAUUGCUAUUCUUUUAGUAGCAUGCUAAACAAACUAAAUAAGUAAACCACGGAUAACUUCUUAUCGCUUAACGAUCCAUUAUUAUCGCGCUACGAAAAUAAUUGCAAUAUUAAUUUUACAAAUCACGUUCUAUAAGCGGUUCCAUAGGCUAUACACUCAAGGUAGUGAGUGUCCUAAGAAUGAAUAUUUAACACAGCUAUAAAUAAUAUGACAAUGACAACAAUCAAGCAUUUUCGUGAAAGUUUUCUGAAAGUAGUAAACUGUAAUGAUUUCUUUUGGUGGUGGAUAAAGAACAGCCUUUACAGACUCUUCUGUUUAUUUUUUAUUUUAAACUAUUUUCGCGUUUCAUUUAAUAGUAAUGCUAUUCUCAGUAAUAGCGCACAAUUAGUAGAGGAAGUACACACAUCCAAUUCAGUAAUAGUUUUGUAGAACAAUGUUUUGCCAUUUAAACGUCGAAAAAGAAGUAAAAAUAUAUUCGGACAAGCACAAAAAUGUGACUAACAAAUAGAUUAAGGAAAUAUCAGCUAAGCAGUAAAACAUUUAAGUAAGAGAUUUUCAAUAUAGUAAAAAGAGCGUUUCUUAUUAUGAAAAUGAAUUUCAAAAUUUUCUAUUGUUAUAUUUUAUAAACAUUGAAUAAAAUAUGAUUUUUACUAAA